GACGCCGUUCUUCUCUUAUGAGGGUGACAAGAUUGGAGGUUGAUGAAGAUUGAUGUUGUCACAAUACAGCUUGGUGUAAGGAAUGACUUGAGUCGGGAAAGACCGAUAAAGAUGCAAGAUGGAGAGGAUAAUUUCAAGCAUUAAAAGGAGGGUCAAUCCGAUGAGGAAGAAUCCAAAGGAAGGUAAAGAGGGGGUAAGAAUAAAUAGAAAAAAAAGGAGGGUAUUGGAGGGGCUAUAUGUGAAGCAUAUUGCGAAAGAUAGAGGACAGAGAGAAGGGGAGAGAGAGAAGACGGACGAGAGGGGUCAAGGCGAGGUAAUCAGGAAAGGAGACUGGAGGAGCAUUGAUUAACCUAUUCGUCUGCCUACCAAGGCGGUAGGUGCAGUGGUAGUAGAAUUAAG